AUGAACGGUGACGGAGUUUGGCUUGACGCCUCCGGUGGAGAACAGUCUCAGCCGGAAAACAACAACGGCGAUGAAGAAGCUGCGUCGUGGGUCAGAAACACUGAAGAAAACUGGUUCAAUAACAACAACAACAACCCACCACCACUACCAAAUUCUCAAAUCCUCCAUAACAACAACGACUUCAGAUUCAACGGUGGCUUCCCGUUGAACCCCUCGGAGAAUCUCCUUCUCCUUCUCCAGCAAUCGAUUGAUUCCUCUUCUCCGUUUCCCAAUUUCACACUCGACACCGCUUCACACCAACAACAACAACAGCAACAACAGUCUUUCUUAGCUACGAAAGCUUGCAUCGCUUCUCUCCUCACCGCCCCCACCACCACCACCACCACCAACCCGUUCGACGAAUUCGGCUUCGAUUCUGGGUUUCUCGGACAAAUCCAGACUCCAAACUCGAUGAAUUUCUCCGGAUUGAGCUCGCCGCCGGAUUUCCUCUCUUCCCGGCCGGAAAACACCGCCGGAUUCACUCCUCUCGAAUUCGGGGGAAUCGCGAACGGAGUCUUCGAGAACAGAGCCAAGGUUCUGAAACCGUUAGAGGUACUAGCUUCCUCCGGCUCGCAGCCGACUCUGUUCCAGAAACGAGCUGCGAUGCGACAGAGCUCGAGCAGCAAAAUGUGCAACUCGGAGUCGUCCUCCGAGAUGAGGAGGUCGAGCUACGAGAGAGAGAUUCACGACGACAACAACAGCACCGGAAUCAUCGACAUCUCUGGGCUCAAUUACGAAUCCGAUGAGCCAAACAACAACAACAACAAAGGGAAGAAGAAAGGAAUGCCUGCUAAGAACCUCAUGGCUGAGAGACGAAGAAGGAAGAAGCUUAACGAUAGGCUUUACAUGCUGAGAUCAGUUGUUCCCAAAAUCAGCAAAAUGGACAGAGCGUCGAUACUUGGAGACGCUAUUGAUUAUCUGAAAGAGCUUCUACAGAGAAUCAACGAUCUUCACACCGAGCUUGAAUCUACACCACCGAGUUCUUCGGGACUGCACCCGUUGACGCCGACUCCACAGACGUUACCUUACCGUGUUAAGGAAGAGUUGUGUCCGGCUUCCUCCUUGCCAAGCCCUAAAGGCCAACAAGCAAGAAUUGAGGUCAAGUUAAGGGAAGGAAAGGCAGUGAACAUACACAUGUUCUGUGGAAGAAGACCAGGUCUUUUGCUUUCCACCAUGAGAGCUUUAGAUAACUUGGGAUUGGAUGUUCAACAAGCCGUCAUUAGCUGUUUCAAUGGCUUUGCUUUGGAUGUCUUCCGCGCUGAGCAAUGCCAAGAAGGGCACGAGGUGUUGCCUGAACAGAUCAAAGCAGUGCUUCUAGACACAGCAGGUUACGCCGGUUUGCUUUGA